AGAUUUCUGUCCGGGAAUCUCCGGGUCACUCUUUGAAAGCGUGCUUUCAAAAGUUGCGAAACUACGGAGGACCGCUGUUCUGGAGCCAGCGGCCCUUCCAAGUUCCGGCUCCCACCUAGAGGCUACCAGCUAUAGAACAGCCAUGUGGGAUGGAAGGGCCGCCCUUUUCUUGUAUUGUCUCCAAGUGAGCGGGAACGAAAAAACGAAACCAAAACCAGCCUGCUCGGCCCUCCGCGCCGCCCGCGCUCCCCUGAGCUUGGGGCUUUCUCCGGGCCGCUGAGGGCGCGUCUCUCCUCCGCCAUGGCCUCAGUUUCAAAAGUCAAGAAAUCCAAAGCUUUUGAAAGAACCAUUGUAGUUGCUGGUCUUCCUGUUGGCCUUUUAAGUGAUCAGUUGCUGACCACGUUAGUGGAAAGAUACUUCCAAGACGUUAAUAAUGAUGGUGGAGACAUUGAAGAUGUGAUAUAUCCAACAAAAACCAAAGGAGUUGCAUAUGUAAUACUCAAAGAAAAAAAAGUUGCAGAGAAUGUUGUCAGACGAAAUAAACACCAUCUAGCAAUUCAGAAGACAGUACAUGCUCAACUCACAGUCUCUCACUUUAGUGAAAAGGUCUUCAGCUCUGUGAAGGCUACCCUUGAUCUUUCUGUUUUUCGGGGUCAGAUAAUACUAGAAAGCCUGGUAAUGGACCUGAAAAAGAUGAUCCCAACUUUAAACUUCAGUCCUUUGGGACCCAGAGGAAGAAUCUCUGUGGAAGGAUCAUUUCUGGCUAUCAAGAAGCUCAAAGAGUCUUUGCUAUCAAAAGCAAGUUCUCUUUUAGAAAAAAACAAGAAUUUUAUGAGUGAAGGGAGAAAACAGGACAGACAAAGCCCCGAAAGGAGUCUACCGAAAGGUGAUAACAUGGUGGAGACGCUCAGGACCUUAGUACUUGAGACUGCUAGAAGCCCAGAAAUGAUUGUGAUGGAUACAGAUGUCUUCCUUUACCUGAAAUGGAGGUGUGAGUUUUAUGAAACCACAUUGAACAAAUUCAAUAUUCUAAGUCAGGAGAGGGUGGAUGGUGAUGUCACCACCAUUUAUCUGGCAAAUGCUCAAGCUGGUUCUGGACCAAGCAGUGCGCGGCACGUGAAGGAGCUCCUUGAGAAAUGGACCCAGGCUCUUCACUUUCGGCUCAGGAAAGAGACAUUUAUUUUGGGAGGAAAGGAAAAGAGAGAGAAGAGAAAUAUUGAAUGGGCAUGUGAACAACUACAAUCAAGAUACCAUAGGGUUCUGACUAAUUUUUAUAAGACACACAUUGACAUUAUAGGUUCUUCUUCUGACACUUACCUAUUUAAAGAAGAGGUCAUGAAAUUAAUAGGGCAAAAGGUUAGUUAAUAAAAUCUCAGUCACAGUCAUGCUAAUAGUGGCCUUCCCUUACUGCGUAGUGACUGUACCCUGCACCACUCUAUCUAGCUCACUAUACGUUAUCACAUUUCACCUUUGGUUACCGUCUUUCUUUGUGAGCAUUACUAUCCUCAUGUUGUAGGGGAAGAACUAGGAUUUGGGGAAAUUAAACUCUUGUUUGAAUUUAUUCAGCUAAGAAGGAAUGGGACUGGGUCUUAAUUUAGUUUAUCUGAUUACAAAAAUAAUAUCUAAAUAAAACUUUGGAAAAAACUAAACUUCCAAGAAAUCUCAUUUUCUCUGGAAAUCCAAAUUAUUAGAAAAAGAAGUUUUCUUAACUCUAACUCAUGGGAGUUUGGAUGAUUAGUAUUAUGCCACUGGCGAUUUCUUAAUAGUUACCAAGUUUGUAUUCACUCAUAUAGAAUUAGAAUGAUAUCAAAAAACACUUGGGAAAUACUUAGAUGGAAAGUAUUUCUAAUGCAGGUAACCAUAACUUAACUGAAUUCCACUGUUAUAAGAUUGCUGGAUAAGUGAGGCAGUUUUGCUGCUACUUAUUUAGCUUAUGUGCUUUUAUAAAAUGUUAGUUCUGUUAAGUUAGGAAUUUUGAAUGAAAUCUA